AUGCGUCUAGUCUUGCUUCAUUUUCUCAUAUACUAUAUUGUGCAGAUCAUUGCAUUAGGAGAUAGCCAAUAUGAAUCACAGCCCAUGGUGACAGUGAAGAAUGGCACUAUCCUUGGAAGUAAGAAUAACCCGGAAGGAAUCCAGCGAUUCCUGGGCAUUCCCUAUGCACAACCACCGAUAGGACCGUUGCGACUGCGGCAGGCAGUGCCGCUUAACGCAUCCUUUGGGACACUGAACGCAACUACUAUGAGUCCAGCGUGCUAUGGCAAGUCCAACUCGAAGUACCAACAGAGCGAGGAUUGUCUUACAUUGAAUGUCUGGCAGCCUGAUGAAGUGGGAAAGAACGCGUCUUCUCCACUGGUGCCAGUCUUGGUAUGGCUCUAUGGGGGUGGGCUCACAGGCGGAUAUAUAGGGGACCCACGAUUUGAUGGAGCCAAUAUCGUCGCGCUAUCCGCCCAAAUCAAAAAGCCAGUCAUAUUUGUCUCGAUUAACUAUCGCCUUGCAUCCCUAGGGUUCUUAAACGGACGCCAGAUGGCGGAGCUCGGUCUGCUGAACAUCGGCAUGCUGGAUCAGCGACGGGCAUUGCAUUGGCUACAGGAAAACAUUGCUUUCUUUGGUGGCGAUCCCAAGAAAGUAACGCUGUUCGGAGAGUCAGCUGGAGCCGUUUCCAUCUAUUCGCAUAUGAUGGCCUAUGGUGGCCGUGAUGACGGCCUAUUUCGGGGGGCCAUUCUAGAGAGUGGCGGAGCGUUUCCCCUCACGCUGCCAAAUACGACUUCAUUCCAGCAGACUUUCGAUAGUUUGAUCACAAAUACCUCCUGCUCCACGUUGACUGGAUCGACUGCAGCUGAACAGUUAGACUGUAUCAGGGCCCUGCCAAUUGACACGUUCCUUUCAAGCGUUGGCGACGCAACGGGCCAGUCGAUUGACGGAAGCUUCACGACUACAUCUGUGCAGUUUGCGUUUCCCGCAGGGGAAUAUGUAAAGGUGGCUACUAUUGUAGGGACCAAUACUGACGAGGGGACAACUUCGGCUCCAACUGGAAUCGACUCCAUGGAUGAAUUGAUGGACCCCUUAGCUGAUGGUUACUUUCGGCCAGAACGUCUGCCCGACUCCAUGGUGAAAGAUCUGCUAAGCCUUUACACUAAUGAUCCCCGGGAAGGAUGUCCGUAUAACACCGGGGACGUUAUGUUAAGUUCAGGCAUAUUAGACAAGAAGGCUUGCUCGAUAUUUGGUGACAUGGUGCAGAUCGGUCCAGCAAGGAUGAUUGCCGAAGAACUUACAAAACACAACGGCGAUAAGCCUGUAUAUCGCUAUCGGUUCAACCAACUCCCGGCUAACAGUUCGGAACCAUCAGCAGGGGUCACGACCGGAACGGAAAUCCCUUAUAUUUUUUCCAAUCUCAUACCCGACGUUGCAUGGGAAAGGGCACUCGCCUCAGAAAUGACCAAAGCCUGGGUCUCCUUCGCAUACGACUUGAACCCGAAUGCUAAUGAAGAUACCGCGCUGCCUUUCUGGCCUGUAUAUGGCGAGAAUAAAUCGAGUAUGGUUUUCAAUGCCUAUGGCUGCACAAUCGAGCACGAUACAUACCGGCCUGGUCAAAUAUCCUACAUCAUUGGCCACGUCCUGCGUUACGGUGCUAGGUGA